AUGACCAUGACAUUCCUGUUUGCAUCUCUAGCAUCAAACACAAGAGUUGGGAAAAGGGUAUUUGAAUCAACCCUAUUUCUAUAUUGGAUGAUGGCCUUUAUUACAAAAACCAUAAAGUUGGUCAAGUACUGGCAGUCUGGUUGGGGAGUAUCACACCUGCGUUUUUGCAUCACAGGCAUAAUGGUCAUCUUGAAUGGACUCCUGAUGGCCGUGGAGAUCAAUGUCAUUCGGGUCAGAAGAUAUGUAUUCUUCAUGAAUCCUCAGAAAGUGAAGCCUCCUGAAGACCUCCAGGAUCUGGGUGUGAGAUUUCUUCAACCAUUUGUGAAUUUACUGUCAAAAGCAACCUACUGGUGGAUGAACACACUUAUCAUAUCUGCUCAUAGAAAGCCUAUUGAUCUGAAGGCAAUUGGAAAAUUACCAAUAGCAAUGAGGGCAGUAACAAAUUAUGUUUGCCUGAAAGAUGCAUAUGAAGAACAAAAGAAAAAAGCAGCAGAUCAUCCAAAUCGGACUCCAUCUAUAUGGCUAGCAAUGUACAGAGCUUUUGGGCGACCAAUUCUACUUAGUAGCACAUUCCGUUAUCUUGCCGACUUACUGGGUUUUGCUGGACCUCUCUGUAUUUCUGGAAUAGUUCAGCGUGUCAAUGAAACCCAGAAUGGGACAAAUAACGCAAAAGGAAUUUCAGAAACCCUGUCAUCAAAGGAAUUUCUUGAAAAUGUUUAUGUUCUAGCAGUUCUUCUUUUCUUGGCCCUUAUUCUGCAAAGGACAUUUUUGCAGGCUUCCUACUAUGUGACCAUAGAGACUGGCAUUAACCUCCGUGGAGCUCUGCUGAUCAUAAUGGGAGUGAUUCUGCUGUAUAAUUUACUUGGAUCAAGUGCAUUGGUUGGUGCAGCUGUCAUAGUGCUGCUUGCGCCAAUUCAGUACUUCAUUGCUACAAAGUUGGCAGAGGCUCAGAAGAGCACUCUCGAUUAUUCCACUGAAAGACUGAAGAAAACCAAUGAAAUACUGAAAGGCAUCAAACUUCUAAAGCUGUAUGCCUGGGAGCACAUCUUCUGCAAAAGUGUGGAAGAAACAAGAAUGAAAGAACUAUCCAGUCUCAAAACCUUUGCCCUUUAUACAUCACUCUCCAUCUUCAUGAAUGCAGCAAUUCCCAUAGCAGCUGUUCUUGCUACGUUUGUGACCCAUGCCUAUGCCAGUGGGAACAGUCUAAAACCUGCAGAGGCCUUUGCUUCGCUGUCUCUUUUUCAUAUCCUGGUCACUCCACUGUUCCUGCUCUCCACAGUGGUUAGAUUUGCAGUCAAAGCCAUUAUAAGUGUUCAAAAGCUGAAUGAGUUUCUCUUGAGUGAUGAGAUUGGUGAGGACAGCUGGCGAACUGGUGAAAGUUCUGUUCCUUUUGAGUCCUGUAAGAAACAUACCGGAGUCCAGCCGAAAACUAUAAACAGGAAGCAGCCUGGAAGAUAUCACCUGGACAGCUAUGAGCAAUCAACACGACAUCUUCGUCCUGUAGAGACAGAGGAUAUUGCAAUAAAGGUUCUUUCCCUUCCUGGAAUCCUACAUGAAUAUAAUUUCAUCUCAUUCUGUUACUAUCCUUUGUGCAUUUCUCUAGGUCAGUUAACCAUGAUUGUGGGCCAAGUGGGAUGUGGGAAGUCCUCCCUUCUCCUUGCCAUCCUCGGUGAGAUGCAGACACUGGAAGGAAAAGUUCACUGGAGCAAUGUAAAUGAAUCUGACCCUUCUUUUGAAGCAACCAGAAGUAGGAGCAGGUAUUCUGUGGCUUAUGCAGCUCAAAAGCCUUGGCUAUUAAAUGCUACAGUAGAAGAAAAUAUUACCUUUGGAAGUCCUUUCAACAAGCAGAGGUAUAAAGCUGUCACAGAUGCCUGUUCUCUUCAGCCAGAUAUUGACUUACUACCAUUUGGAGACCAAACUGAAAUUGGAGAGAGGGGCAUUAACCUGAGUGGGGGUCAGAGGCAAAGAAUCUGUGUGGCACGAGCUCUCUAUCAAAAUACCAACAUUGUCUUCUUGGAUGACCCAUUCUCUGCCCUGGACAUUCACUUGAGUGAUCACUUAAUGCAGGAGGGGAUAUUGAAAUUCCUCCAAGACGACAAGAGGACACUCGUUCUUGUGACCCAUAAAUUACAGUAUCUAACACAUGCUGACUGGAUCAUAGCCAUGAAAGAUGGGAGUGUCCUAAGAGAAGGGACUUUGAAGGACAUUCAAACCAAAGACGUUGAGCUCUAUGAACACUGGAAAACACUUAUGAAUCGGCAAGAUCAAGAGUUAGAAAAGGAUAUGGAAGCUGACCAAACAACUUUAGAGAGGAAAACUCUUCGAAGAGCCAUGUAUUCGAGAGAGGCCAAAGCCCAAAUGGAAGAUGAAGAUGAAGAGGAAGAAGAGGAGGAAGAUGAGGAUGACAACAUGUCCACUGUGAUGCGGCUGAGAACUAAAAUGCCGUGGAAAACCUGUUGGCGGUACCUCACUUCUGGAGGAUUCUUUUUGCUCUUCCUGAUGAUUUUCUCAAAGCUUUUGAAGCAUUCAGUCAUCGUAGCUAUAGACUACUGGCUGGCCACAUGGACAUCGGAGUACAGUAUAAACAACACUGGAAAAGCUGAUCAGACCUUCUAUGUGGCUGGAUUUAGCAUACUUUGCGGAGCAGGUAUUUUCCUCUGCCUUGUUACAUCGCUCACUGUAGAAUGGAUGGGUCUCACAGCUGCCAAAAAUCUUCACCACAAUCUCCUCAAUAAGAUAAUUCUUGGACCAAUAAGAUUCUUUGAUACCACACCCCUGGGACUGAUUCUCAACCGCUUUUCAGCAGAUACAAAUAUCAUUGAUCAGCACAUCCCUCCAACUUUGGAAUCUCUCACUCGCUCCACACUGCUCUGCCUGUCUGCCAUCGGCAUGAUUUCUUAUGCCACCCCGGUGUUCCUGGUUGCCCUUGUGCCUCUUGGGGUUGCCUUUUAUUUUAUCCAGAAGUACUUCCGAGUGGCCUCUAAGGACCUCCAGGAACUUGACGAUAGUACCCAGCUCCCUCUGCUUUGCCACUUCUCAGAAACAGCCGAAGGACUCACCACCAUUCGGGCAUUUAGGCAUGAAACCAGAUUUAAGCAACGUAUGCUGGAAUUGACAGACACAAACAACAUUGCCUACUUAUUUCUCUCAGCUGCCAACAGAUGGCUAGAGGUCAGAACGGAUUAUCUGGGAGCUUGCAUUGUGCUCACUGCAUCUAUUGCAUCCAUUAGUGGGUCUUCCAGUUCCGGAUUGGUGGGCUUAGGUCUUCUGUAUGCACUUACGAUAACCAAUUAUUUGAAUUGGGUCGUGAGGAACUUGGCUGACCUGGAGGUCCAGAUGGGGGCAGUGAAGAAAGUGAACAGUUUCUUGACUAUGGAGUCUGAGAACUAUGAAGGCACCAUGGAUCCUUCUCAAGUUCCAGAACAUUGGCCACAGGAAGGGGAGAUCAAGAUUCAUGAUCUGUGUGUCAGAUAUGAAAAUAAUCUGAAGCCUGUUCUUAAACACGUCAAAGCUUACAUCAAACCUGGGCAAAAGGUGGGCAUAUGUGGUCGUACUGGCAGUGGGAAGUCAUCAUUAUCUCUGGCUUUCUUCAGAAUGGUUGAUAUAUUUGACGGAAAGAUUGUCAUUGAUGGGAUAGACAUUUCAAAACUACCACUGCACACACUACGUUCUAGGCUUUCAAUCAUUCUCCAAGAUCCAAUACUAUUCAGUGGUUCUAUUAGAUUUAAUUUAGAUCCAGAGUGCAAAUGCACAGAUGACAGACUCUGGGAAGCUCUAGAAAUUGCUCAGUUGAAGAAUAUGGUCAAAUCCCUACCAGGAGGUCUAGAUGCAGUUGUCACCGAAGGUGGGGAGAAUUUUAGUGUUGGACAAAGGCAGCUGUUUUGCCUGGCAAGGGCCUUUGUCCGCAAGACAAGCAUUCUCAUCAUGGAUGAGGCGACGGCUUCCAUUGAUAUGGCCACGGAAAACAUUUUGCAGAAAGUGGUAAUGACAGCUUUUGCAGACCGCACCGUUGUUACAAUAGCUCAUCGGGUUCACACGAUUCUGACGGCAGACCUCGUUAUUGUGAUGAAGCGAGGAAAUAUUUUAGAAUAUGACACUCCAGAAAGCCUCUUGGCUCAGGAAGAUGGUGUAUUUGCUUCUUUUGUUCGUGCAGACAUGUAAAGGGAUGUCUUAAAACAACACACGUAUUUAAAAUGAUGGAGUCGUGACCUACUCAAUGGGUCAUCAUCUUGACCUUCAUAAAGUGCCAUCUUAAACGUUUACCCAGUUUUAUAAAGCUUAUUCGUCACAUUGUAGUACUUUUUAAUUAGUAACAAUGUCACUUUACCAGUAAAUAUUGUAUUUCCUAUGUCGACAUUUCUUCUUCCUACUUUGUUUUAUUUUUCCAGAUGUUACUACCUAAUAUAUUCAUUACUAAUUUUUUUCUAA